GUCAAUCCCGGCGGGUCGUCCGAGUAUACUGGGAACCCACGAGCUUCUCCCCUCAGAAAGCAUAUGUAAUUACAGUAAAAUCAAAGGGCAGCAAGCAACAACCGGGCUCCUACGAGGGACCUUCUCAACGGUAACACUCAAAAAGCAUCCGCAACGGCCUCAUAAACGGAGCCCAAGCUUUGAAAAAGCCAUCAUCUAUCACCUUUACCUUCGGAACUAUAAAAGCCAACCCCUUCAACACCCUCCCAUUCAUCCAUUCCGGCCAACACUAUGAAAGCUCCAAGGCACCUCUUUCUCUCUCUUCUUUUCAUCUUCUUCUCCCCAACUCCAACAGCGGCCAAAGAGAUUGGUAUCUGCUACGGUCAAGUAGCCAACAACCUCCCGUCGCCAGCUGAGGUUGUCCAUCUCCUCAAAACAAAUGGAAUCUCGAAGAUCCGCCUCUUUAAUACAGAACCGACCAUCCUCCAAUCCCUGUCUGGCACUGGGAUUGAUCUCAUGAUAGGCGUUCCAAAUGAGAUCCUGCCUUCCCUCGACAACCCUGAUUCCGCCGCCGGCUGGCUCCAAACCAACAUUCUCUCUAUUAUAUCAGCUGAUCAGAUCAAAUACAUCGCAGUUGGAAAUGAGAUCUUCUUGAAAGAUCAGUACUACACACCUUACCUUGUACCUGCCCUACGCAAUCUCUAUGAGGUGCUCCAGACUCUACACCUGCAGGACAAGAUCAAGCUCUCAUCACCACAAGCAGCAUCAGUGCUCUCAACCUCAUUUCCACCAUCACUCGGAGCUUUCGACAGCUACCUGCUACCUGAAAUGCGUCAAUUACUACAGUUCCUGCAAGAGACUCAGGCACCUUUCAUGGCAAACAUCUACCCAUUCUUCACAUACGCCAACAAUCCAAGGUAUGUCUCCCUGGAGUACGCACUGGGGGGUUCGGGGCCCCCAGAACAAGAUAGUGGCCUGGAAUACAAUAGUCUCUUCGACGCAGCAGUGGAUGCCUUCGUGGCAGCUAUGGAAAGGGAGGGGUUUGCAGGGAUUCCAGUAACAGUGACAGAAACUGGGUGGCCCACAGCAGGCAACGAUGCAGCAGGGUUGGACAAGGCGAUGGCAUAUAACGGUAACAUCAUCAGACAGACUGUCAAUGGUGUUGGGACACCAAAGAGACCGGGAGUUGGUUUGGAGGUGUUUUUGUUUGGGUUGUUUGAUGAGAACCAAAAGGGUGGGGAGGAGUACGAGCAGCACUUUGGGAUUUUCAGUGUUAACGGUGUUAAGGCCUACAACAUCAGCUUUGUUUAGAGUAGAUGUCUAAACAGAGUUGGCACUCUUUUGUUUCAUCUUCAUUUCAUAUCAAGUGAAUUUUUCACACCAAAUCAUUUGUAAUUUGGAGAGGGAAAUCUUCAUACUGUAAUUUGGUUUUCCAUCUGAAAAGCUCUAAUUAAGAAAAAGUAGCAUUAAUAAUUCCAAAACGCUCCCAAAAUAACACAACCAUAAUCAAAAUUUCUUCAAACAUCUCCAAAAGAAGAAUAGAAUAGGCAAAAGAAAAGAAAAUUUAAGA